AUGAACUGUUCUGAACCUAAUACUACAUGUGAGGUUUAUCAUGAACUAGAUAGGCAUUUGUUUCCUGUUCUCUACAGCAUUUUGAUUAUUAUCAGCAUUCCUGCAAACUGUGCAGCACUUUACAUAUCUUGCUCCCAAGUGAAGAAAAAAAACGAGCUGGGCAUUUAUCUCCUCAGUUUAACUUUAGCUGAUCUGCUCUACACAUUGACCUUGCCUUUCUGGAUUUAUUAUGCUCAGAAUGGAGAUAACUGGACACUUCCCAAAAAACUUUGCAAGAUUUCUGCAUUCCUCAAGUACCUGAAUUAUUACACCAGCUCAGGAUUUCUCACCUGCAUUUCCCUUGACAGAUAUUUAGCUGUAGCCUACCCACUGAGGUUUCAUUAUUUGCGAACAAGAAGAUUUGCCGUGCUUAUCUCUGUCUUAGUUUGGGCCUUCGAAAUCAUGUCCAACUAUCAGAUUCUAAAAGAGUGUGAAAUAUUUCCACAUAAUGGCACCAUCAAUGACAGCCAUACUUUGUGUUACGAUACAUACCCUCUAGAAAAAUGGCAAGCUAAGUUCAAUUUUUACCGGAUUGUGGUGGGGUAUGCAAUCCCUUUGGCUGUCAUGGUGUUCUGCUACCAGAAAAUAUACCAAGCUGUGAAGCAUAAUCAAGCGACCCAAAACAGUGACAAGAAGAAAAUCAAUCACCUAUUGCUAAGCAUCAUUGUCACUUUCGUUUUAUGCUUCACUCCCUAUCAUGGUGUUCUUCUUAUCCGCAGUAUCUUUGAGCCGGGUAACUGCUGUUUUGCCAUCACUAUGUUUAUCCCCUAUAGAAUUGCAACGGCAUUGACAAGCUUAAAUUGUAUAGCUGACCCAAUUCUUUAUUGCUUUGUGAGUGAAACUGGAAGAACAGACAUAUGGAACAUGCUCAAGUGUGGCUCCUCUGUGAGCCAAACAGAUGCACGGCAGUCACAAAAUGCUGCUGGGACCAAUAGUUCACAGGACAGAAAGAUUCCGGAAACAGAAACGUUCCUAUAGGCCUUAAUGCAACACAUGGUCAAAGCAAAACUUGAUGAAAGCAGAGAGGUCUCAUUCUCCUCGUUUAUGUAGGAUUGGGUCCAAA